AUGGUCGCCAUCACGGAGCUGCUGACGCAGCCAUGGACAAUUGUUUUCCUCGUCGUUUCACUCCUUCAGAUCUACCACAAGCUUACUGCCAAGUCAAAGAUACCCGAUGGCGUGCCAUGGGUAGGCAGAGACUCCAGUAGGUGGUUCGCUGGUACGCGGGCGAGCUUGUCAAGCUUCGGAGAUACCCAGCAGCUGCUCGCUCAAGGGUACCAAAAGCUUCAGUAUCUUGAGAAUGGCAUCUCUUACUUGAUGCCAAACCCUACCGGAAAGCCCGAUCUCAUAGUGCCUCCUUCUCAAUUGCACUGGGCAAUCGAGCAGCCAGACGAUGUCCUAAGUGCUGCCGCCUUUCAUUACGACAUACUGGGGGAAGACUAUGCUUUCAGCCAUCCAAAGAUCUUGCGAGAUCCUUAUCACGAGCAUACUAUCCAUAAGUAUCUUCCGAGGCGACUUCCUGGCUUCAUUCCGGAUAUUCAAGAUGAAGUAGCCGCCGCCUUUGACAAAUCCUGGGGCACAGACGAGGGGAACUGGAAGGAGAUCUCAGUUUUUGAUGCAAACCUGUUCAUGAUCUCGCGUGUUGUGAAUCGUAUGAUCAUUGGACAUCCACUUUGUCGAAACGAGGAGUUUCUCUCGAAUAUGCGAUCAUAUUCAAUGGGCAUUCAGAUGAUCAGUAUGAUCAUUACCUACACGCCUAAACUGCUCAAGCCUUUAGUGGGAAGACUCGCUGCACUACGUGCAAAGGCUUACUACAACGCGAUGGCGAAAUUCAUUAUCCCGAUCGUGACGGAGAGACUAGCCAAUCUCGAGAAGAAAGAACAGGAUCCAGCUUUUGAUUGGGAACCACCCAAUGAUUUCAUUUCUUGGCACAUUGCUGGGGCAAAGGCUGACGGCCGCCACGAUGAGCUGACAGUGAACAUGCUGUCUCGACGAAUCAUGCCCAUUGAAUUUGCAUCCAUACAUACGACAACCAUCGCAGUCACGCAUUGCAUGUUUGAUCUUCUUUCGUCAGAAGAUUGCUCCACCUUUCUUGAGGGAAUUCGUGAACAGUCGACUUCUCUGUUAUCGAGCAACGAUGGCCAGUGGGCAAAAGCGAAUCUAGCGCACGCAAGUCGAGCCGACUCAGCCUUUCGCGAGAGCCUACGCAUCAGUAGCUUUAUGACACGUAGUGUUGCAAGAAAGGUUGUGUCAAAGCAGGGACUUCAAAAUCCUGCUGAAGGCUGGACCGCUCCCUAUGGCACAAUCAUGAGCUUCGAUCUGUAUGACGUUCAUCGUGACCCCAGGUUCUACCCACAGCCAAAUAUCUAUGACGCUUUUCGUUUCUCACGGCAAAGUGAAAUCCAAGCGAACGCGAGUGCUAAUGGUUCUACGGGCCAAGGUGAAGCUAAGGAAGGCUCACGACCUGAACGGAAGAAUCUCGGCCUGAUCACACUUUCCGACACAUUUCUGACUUUUGGUCUUGGAAGGCACGCUUGUCCAGGAAGAUUCUUUAUUUCUGCAGAAGCCAAGAUUAUGCUAGCUUACAUGGUCAUGAACUAUGAAAUUAAGACCUUCCCAACCAGGCCUGCGGAUCGGCAUCUGAGCUCAAUCAUCUUACCGUCUUCGACUGCAAAAAUUCGAGUCCGCAGGAGAGCAGGCACUGGCAAGGCUCACUGA